AAAAUUUAUAUAUAAAAAUAAAAGCCAACAUAUUCUUCUGGUCUGUCAAUAGCCGCAGUCUCUAAAUAAUAAUAGAAAAAAUUGGUAUUUUAUUUAUUUUUGUUUGAUUAUUAGGUAUAGAUAGAAAACUUAACUUGUGUAAAAGCCAGAACAAUCAAAAAUGGCGAUGGCAAGCUUGGCAAGAAGAAAGGCUUACCUUCUCACUAGAAAUUUCUCGAAUUCCAGUCCGGAUGCCCUCAGGUACUCCUCACUCACCAGCUUCUUCCGCGGCUUCGCCUCUUCGGGAUCUGACGAGAACGACGUAGUCGUAAUCGGCGGCGGCCCCGGUGGCUAUGUCGCCGCUAUCAAGGCCGCACAGCUCGGACUCAAAACCACUUGCAUCGAGAAACGUGGAACUCUCGGUGGCACAUGCCUCAAUGUUGGAUGCAUCCCUUCUAAGGCACUUCUUCAUUCAUCCCACAUGUUCCAUGAAGCUCAGCAUUCAUUUGCAAGUCAUGGUGUGAAGUUUUCAUCUGUCGAAGUCGAUUUGCCUGCCAUGAUGGGCCAAAAAGACAAAGCUGUUGCUAAUCUUACCCGAGGUAUUGAAGGUUUGUUCAAGAAGAACAAAGUGACCUAUGUGAAAGGGUAUGGCAAAUUCCUCUCCCCUUCUGAGGUGUCUGUAGACACCAUUGACGGUGGAAAUACUGUUGUUAAAGGCAAGAAUAUCAUAAUUGCAACUGGGUCUGAUGUCAAAUCUCUACCUGGAAUCACCAUUGAUGAAGAGAAAAUUGUAUCAUCGACUGGUGCUUUGGCUUUGAAAGAAAUUCCUAAGAAACUUGUGGUCAUUGGGGCAGGCUACAUUGGGCUUGAGAUGGGCUCUGUGUGGGGACGGCUUGGCUCAGAAGUCACUGUUGUUGAGUUUGCUCCAGAUAUUGUCCCAAGCAUGGAUGGAGAAAUUCGCAAGCAAUUCCAGCGGACACUCGAGAAGCAGAAGAUGAAAUUCAUGCUCAAAACUAAGGUGGUAGGAGUUGAUACUUCUGGAGAUGGUGUGAAGUUGACACUUGAGCCAGCAGCUGGUGGUGAUCAAACAACACUUGAAGCCGACGUGGUUCUUGUCUCUGCUGGCAGGUCUCCGUUCACUUCUGGACUUGGUCUUGACAAGAUAGGCGUGGAAACAGAUAAGGUGGGAAGAAUUCUAGUCAAUGAAAGAUUUGCAACAAAUGUACCUGGUGUGCAUGCAAUUGGGGAUGUAAUUCCAGGACCGAUGUUGGCUCACAAGGCAGAAGAGGAUGGAGUUGCAUGUGUGGAGUUUAUAGCUGGUAAGCAAGGCCAUGUAGACUACGACAAGGUCCCUGGAGUUGUCUAUACCCACCCUGAGGUUGCUUCUGUUGGUAAGACUGAGGAGCAGGUUAAGGCACUUGGUGUUGAAUACCGCGUUGGCAAGUUCCCUUUCUUGGCAAAUAGCCGUGCAAAGGCAAUUGAUGAUGCUGAAGGGUUGGUCAAGAUAUUGGCUGAGAAGGAGACAGACAAAAUAUUGGGAGUCCAUAUCAUGGCACCUAAUGCAGGUGAACUGAUUCAUGAGGCAGUGCUGGCUCUUACUUACGAUGCUUCAAGCGAGGAUAUAGCUCGUGUUUGCCAUGCGCAUCCAACAAUGAGUGAGGCAUUGAAGGAAGCUGCAAUGGCCACUCAUGACAAGCCCAUUCAUAUAUAAAAGAUUGAACAUUACUUGCUUUCAUAUUUGUUUUAAGGAUUUUGCAAUGGUUAAGCAAAGACUUGCCCUUUUUUUUUCAUCUGUCAUUGAAGCAGAUGCAAUGCUCGAGUAGAAGUUUACUGUUAUCCAUUUCUGCAAAGAAUAAUUUCACGCAUUAACAUCAAUGCAUGAGAUGUACAUUGAUCUGAGGUGUUUAAUUUGAGUUGGUUGGCAGGAAAUACCACUGGGUUUUGAUUCAUAUCAAUGUCAAUAGGGUUGCCUCUCAGUUUUUCUGUUUU